AUGUGGGCAAAGGAACUGCCCCAGGGAAGAAUAGCCUCAGGUAAUGGCUCUUCAGUGACCGAGUUUGUACUGCUGGGUUUGACACAACAGCCAGAGCUCCAGCUGCCUCUUUUCUUCCUCUUCUUGGGAAUCUAUGUGGUCUCCAUGCUGGGGAACCUGGCCUUGAUUGGUCUGAUUGGUCUGAAUUCUCACCUGCACACCCCCAUGUACUACUUUCUCUUCCAUCUUUCCUUCAUUGAUCUCUGCUACUCUACUGUCAUAACUCCUAGGAUGAUGAUGGGUUUUGUGAAGCAGAACAUCAUCUCUUAUGCUGAGUGCAUGGCUCAGCUCUUUUUCUUUUGCUUCUUUGGUAUUAAUGAAUGUUAUAUUUUGACAUCAAUGGCCUAUGACAGAUAUGUGGCCAUCUGUAAGCCCCUGCUGUACAAGGUCAUCAUGUCCCAUCAGGUCUGCCUCAUGAUGACAGUGGGUGUGUAUGCAAUGGGCUUCUUGGGUGCCAUGGCCCACACUGUGAGCAUGCUGAGACUUACAUUCUGUGAUAGCAAUUUCAUCAACCAUUACAUGUGUGACAUACAUCCUCUCCUGGCGCUCUCCUGUACAAGUACUUCCAUCAAUGAGAUGGUGAUGUUCAUUAUAGUGGGUGUCAAUGUAAUAGUGCCUAGUCUUACCAUCUUCAUUUCCUAUACCUUGAUACUUUUCAACAUCUCCUCCAUCCAAUCUACUGGGGCCAGGUCCAAAGCCUUCAGUACAUGUAGCUCUCACAUAAUUGCUGUUUCUCUUUUUUUUGGAGCUUUAGCAUUCAUGUACCUUAAGCCUUCUACUGGAUCUCUGGAUCAAGAUAAAGUAUCCACAGUUUUUUAUACUAUUGUGGGGCCGAUGAUGAACCCUUUUAUUUACAGUCUGAGGAAUAAAGAUGUCCAUAGUGCACUGAGAAAGACUUUGAAGGAAAAGGUGCUCUGCUAA